AGGCGCCGUCGCCUCUGUAUAUCUUCCAGGCGCCCGGGAAGGCCUGUUUGCCCCCCAGAGCAGCUAUGAGCAAGCGGAACCAGGUGUCGUAUGUGCGGCCAGCCGAGCCGGCCUUCCUGGCCCGCUUCAAGGAACGGGUCGGCUACAAGGAAGGGCCCACCGUAGAAACCAAGAGAAUCCAGCCUCAGCUCCCAGAAGAAGAUGGUGAUCACAGUGACAAAGAAGAUGAACAGCCCCAAGUGGUGGUUUUAAAAAAGGGAGAUCUGUCAGCUGAAGAAGUCAUGAAAAUUAAGGCAGAAAUAAAGGCUGCCAAAGCAGAUGAAGAGCCAUCUUCAGCUGAUGGAAGAAUUAUGUAUCGAAAACCAGUCAAGCGUUCCUCAGAUGAAAAAUAUUCGGGUUUAUCAGCAAGCUCAAAAAAGAAAAAGACAAAAGAAGAAGAUGAAAUAAAUAAGCAGGACUCGGUUAAAAAGAACUCACAAAAGCAAAUAAAAAACAGUAGCCUCCUUUCUUUUGACAAUGAAGAUGAAAAUGAAUAAAUACAUAUUUUGGACUUCUUUAAAAACAUAUGGGAUUUUUAGAAAAUAACAUCUGUUUUCCUAUUAGAAAGUAAUAUAAGUUCAUUGAAGAAAAUUUAGAAAAUUCAGAAAACGUUCAGCAAGAUAAAAACUAUCCAUCAAUACCCUUUUGACCUGAACUGCUAAUUCUCUAACAUUAACUACCACUAACAUUUUAUUUCCUGAUGUGGGAUGUGUGUGUAUAUAAAUUAUAUUUUUGUAACCAAAUUUUUACUGUAUUCUGUAUGUUCUCUGUCCUGCUUCUCACUUGACAUUGUAUCAUGAGUAUUUUUCCAGGUCAGUAAAAUUCAAAAUUCUGACACUAAUAACUACAGAGGAUUCUGUAAUUAAACAGGUCCCAUGUUUUAUCGUCCUCUCCAGCAGAACCUCACUUUGGAUGAGGGAAAUGAUCAUGGGCCUGGUUACCAAUACUUCCCCAGCUCCUGCGAAGGACAGCCUUGUGACAGCUCCGAUAAAUUAAGAGAUACAAGUCGGUCUUGAGCAAGGAUCUAAUACAGGGGACUAUGAUACAAGUUCGGAUCUACUGUAUCACACGGUGACUAUAGUUGUUUCAUGAUUUUAAAAAAAAAGGUACAAGUGGAAAUCUGCUUCCUGUGUAUCUGAUACAGAAGGACAGAUUUGGCAAGCAUGAACGGUUGUCCUCUCUCCAUCCUGCCUGGAGCACAAACAUGCAACCAAGAAGUUCCAGAGCCAUUUGGGGGCAUGAAAAAGACAGCCACUUGUUCCAGCUGGUACACUGGACAGACUCCAGGAGCUUGGAUCAUGAUGGCAUGCCUGGAGGAUCUGCUGUACCAGCCUUGGACUUACUGAUCCAUGAGGAUAAACACUUCCACAGUUAAAGUUCAGUUGGGUUUCUGUGACAUGCAGCUUAAUGAUACAAUGGUAGAAUGUGUGUGUAUAGAAACCUCCAAGUGUAUUUCUGAUGAUUUCCUUAGAAUGAGUUGCUAGAAACAGAAUUACUGGAUCAAAGUAUUUGAAUAUUUCUAAA